UGAUGCAGUCCAGCUCUGUGCUGUUGUGUGCUGUGUUUAUAACCUGCCUCUGUUACUGCGACUACAGACCAGACUUUCACGUAAUUCAGACUCCAUCUGAAGUCACGGUGAAGGAUGAGGACAGUAUGAGCAUCUUCUGCUGCUGGAAUAAAACCAUCCUUAAUGUUAAAGUGAAAUUGAUUAAACCAAACCAGAGUAAUAAUUAUCUUUAUCCAACAAAAAUAAAUAGUACCUGUUCAGAGUUCUCUAUAAAAAACGCCUGCAUGAAUGAUACUGGACUGUACAUCUGUGAAGUUAUACAAGACAUCCCCAGACUGGAUAUUGUGAAAGGGAAUGGGACGACUGUGACGCUUCAGGAGAAAAACAAGAAUAAAAAGUGUAAAGACUGUUUUCUGGAUGACGUCCUCAUCUACAUUCUACGGUGCCUGCCCUUCAUCACUCUGCUCUUAGUGAUGUGUUGUUUCAACCGAUACACCAGCAAGCGAACACGGCCCAAAACAAGCAGACAGAAUAUCCUCAACCCAGAAGAGCAGGAGGGAGUGCUGGAGGAGGAGUAUGAGGAACCAGGAGAAGAACCUUAUCUGAAUGAAGAACUGAUGGAAGAAGGAGAGUGGAGAGAAGUGGAUGCAGAAAGAGGGGAAGAACUAGAGCCAGAAGAGAGACAGGAAGAACAAUUCUGGUGAAAUGAAAAAAUAAUGAUGAUCACAUAAAGAUGAAAAAACUGUAAAACUGUGUUUCUGAUUAAUUAAUUAAUUCAAAAAUAAAGCAUUGUUUAAUCACUGGA